AACCAUUUCAGACAUCACCAUCAGCCUGUCACUCUCACUGCCACCAUGUUGGCCUCCGGGCUGCUCCUGGUGGCUGUGCUGGCCUGUCUGACUGUCAUGGUCUUGAUGUCUGUCUGGAAGCAGAGGAAGCUCUUGGGGAAGAUGCCUCCAGGACCCACACCAUUGCCUUUCAUCGGGAACUACCUACAACUAAACACAGAGCAGAUGUACAACUCCCUCAUGAAGAUCAGUGAGCGCUAUGGUCCUGUGUUCACCAUCCACCUGGGACCUCGCCCAAUCGUGGUGCUGUGUGGACAGGAGGCAGUUAAGGAGGCCCUGGUGGAUCAAGCUGAGGAAUUCAGUGGGCGAGGCGAGCAGGCCACCUUCGACUGGCUCUUCAAGGGCUACGGCGUUGCCUUUAGCAACGGUGAGCGCGCCAAGCAGCUCCGGCGCUUCUCCAUCACCACGCUGCGGGACUUCGGAGUGGGCAAACGUGGCAUCGAGGAGCGCAUCCAAGAGGAGGCUGGCUUCCUCAUCGAUGCCUUCCGGAAAACGAACGGCACGUUCAUUGAUCCCACCUUCUACCUGAGCCGAACAGUCUCCAACGUCAUUAGCUCCAUUGUCUUUGGGGACCGCUUCGACUAUGAGGACAAAGAGUUCCUGUCACUCCUGAGGAUGAUGCUGGGAAGCUUCCAGUUCACCGCCACCUCCACAGGGCAGCUCUACGAGAUGUUCUCUUCGGUGAUGAAGCACCUGCCGGGACCACAGCAACAAGCCUUUAAGGAGCUGCAGGGGCUGGAGGACUUCAUAACCAAGAAAGUGGAGCACAACCAGCGCACCCUGGACCCCAAUUCCCCAAGGGACUUCAUCGAUUCCUUCCUCAUCCGAAUGCGGGAGGAGAAGAAGAACCCCAACACAGAGUUCUACAUGAAGAACCUGGUGCUCACGACACUGAACCUCUUCUUUGCGGGCACAGAGACGGUCAGCACCACACUUCGCUAUGGCUUCCUACUACUCAUGAGAAACCCAGAUGUGGAGGCCAAAGUCCACGAGGAGAUUGAUCGGGUGAUUGGCAAGAACCGGCAGCCCAAGUUUGAGGACCGCAUGAAGAUGCCUUACACUGAAGCUGUGAUCCAUGAGAUCCAGAGAUUUGGAGACAUGAUCCCCAUGGGCCUGGCUCGCAGGGUUACUAAGGACACCAAGUUUCGGGAUUUCCUUAUCCCCAAGGGCACUGAAGUAUUCCCUAUGCUGGGCUCUGUGCUGAGAGACCCCAAGUUCUUCUCCAACCCUAGAGAUUUCAACCCGAAGCACUUCUUGGAUGACAAGGGGCAGUUUAAGAAGAGUGAUGCUUUUGUGCCCUUUUCCAUUGGAAAACGGUACUGCUUUGGGGAAGGACUGGCUAGAAUGGAGCUCUUUCUCUUUCUCACAAACAUCUUGCAGAACUUCUGCUUCAGGUCCCCACAGGCACCCCAGGAUAUCGAUGUGUCCCCCAAACACGUGGGUUUUGCUACAAUCCCACCAACCUACACCAUGAGUUUCCUGCCUCGCUGAGUCAGAGCUGUGCCAGGGCAGGGUGAGGGGAAAGGGAGGGAUGGGGAUCAGGCUAGUGUGGGUGGUGGGGCUUAAGUAGAAGGAAAGGGAGACAUGUACAAGAGAGAAAGAAAAAACAUAACAAGCUUUUUUCCUUUUCAAAAGUAAGAUAAGAGGAAGGGACCUUACUAUGCUGUGAAUAGUAAUAAUAAUAAUAAAUAUGCAUUAUUUAUUAAACAAA